UAAAGGCACAAGCACAAAGUGCGCCAAAGGAGAAGCGCCUGGCAACAUUACGGAACUGUCUGUCAUUUUAGGACUAACAUAUAUAUAUUCUUAUCUUGGUGACAGGAUUGCACAAGUCUCCGGGAUGGGUGACGGGCAUCUGAGGUGGCACGCAUCUUCAAAUGGCAAAUUCUAAAGUGCAGAUUUGGAUGAGUGGCUGGAUGAAUGCAUGAAUGCAUGAAUGAAUGAAGGAAGAGCUGGAUACCCUCUGGCUGUAUGAUGCAUUUUACCUCCCUAUUAUAGGUCCCCUUUUAAGCAACAACAGGAAAACAGCCAUUACCCUUCAGUGCAUCAUCUGGAUGAAAAUAUGGACACCUUCAGAGGACACAUUUUGAUUCAACAUGCCCAGGAACUAUGAGCAGCCUGGCCAGUCAGUAGGGAUGUUGGCCGCCGUGGAACAUGGUCCCAUCCUGUGCAGCGACUCCAACAUCCUCUGCCUCUCGUGGAAGGGCCGCGUCCCCAAGAGCGAGAAGGACAAGCCGGUAUGCCGGAGACGCUACUACGAGGAGGGCUGGCUCGCCACGGGGAACGGGAGAGGAGUCGUCGGGGUGACGUUCACUUCUAGUCACUGCCGGAGGGAUAGAAGUACACCGCAGAGAAUCAACUUUAACUUGCGAGGACACAACAGUGAGGUUGUCUUGGUGCGCUGGAAUGAGCCCUUCCAGAAGCUGGCUACCUGUGACAUGGAAGGAGGCAUCUUUGUAUGGAUCCAGUAUGAGGGAAGGUGGUCUGUGGAGUUAGUGAAUGACAGAGGAGCCCAGGUGAGUGAUUUUACUUGGUCACACGACGGCACCCAAGCCCUCAUCGCUUACAGGGAUGGCUUUGUGUUAGUCGGCUCGGUCAGCGGGCAGAGACACUGGUCCUCAGAGAUCAACCUGGAGAGUCAGAUCACCUGUGGCAUCUGGACACCUGAUGACCAGCAGGUGUUGUUUGGGACAGCAGAUGGGCAGGUAAUAGUGAUGGACUGUCACGGACGGAUGCUCGCUCACGUGCUGCUACACGAGUCUGACGGCAUCGUCAGCAUGUCGUGGAACUGCCCCGACUUCCUGGUCGAGGACAGCACAGAGAGCGACACGGACUCCGAUGACAAUAUCCUGCCUUUAGUCCGAAGAGUCAAGCCUUUGUUGACAGUCACCUUCUUAUCAGGAGAUAUCAGUUUGAUGAACAACUAUGAUGAUCUCUCUCCGGCUAUUAUCCGUUCAGGACUGAAAGAUGUGGAAGCCCAGUGGUGCUCUCAGGGAGACCUCUUGGCUGUGGCUGGCAUGGAGAAACACGGGCUCCCAGCCGACACGGCUUGUGCAUCCAUCAUGAGAAAUGCUCUUGUUAAGUUCUACAAUGUACAAGGAGAGCACAUAUACACUCUGGAAACACCUGCACAGAGGCCCAUCACCACUAUCUGCUGGGGUCACAGAGACUCCCGCCUGUUCCUUGCAUGCGGACCAGCUCUCUAUGUGGUGCGUGUGGAGCACAGGGUGGCCAGUCUCCAGCUCUUGUGCCAGCAGGGUAUUGCGAGCGCCCUGCGCGAAGAGAAGGACGUUGGGAAGCUGAACAUGCCCUCGCUGCUCUGCUCUUACGUUACCUCUGCUUUUAUACCGACCAUCAAGCCUCCGAUUCCUGACCCCAACAACAUCCGCGACUUUGUCAGCUACCCCACGUCCGGGAACGAGCGGCUGCACUGCACCAUGAAGCGAGCGGAGGAUAGUCCUGAGACAGGCGGCCCCUGCUACACGCUGUACCUGGAGUAUCUCGGGGGGCUGGUGCCUAUUCUCAAGGGAAGGCGCAUCAGUAAGCUCAGGCCUGAGUUUGUCAUUAUGGAUCCAAAAACUGAAGGCAAGCCUGAGGACGUGUGUGUGAAUCCCAUGAUCUCCUACACGGACAGCUGUAACUGCUCCGACUCCAGUGACAUAGACUUGAGUGACGAGUGGGUGGGGAAGAAGUCGCCAAAGUUAUCCCGCGGAAACAGGUUAAAUAUGGAUUCAAGAAAAUCCCCCAAACUUUCACGCGCCAAUCAAGAAGGGCAACGGUCACCACGGCUACCGACUAAAAAACCUCCGGUUCGGUCACCCAGUCUGACCCGCCGUGAGUUUACAAUGGAUGGAAACACAGAGCACAGCUACCUUGCCCAAGUCACAUCUAACAUUUGGGGAACAAAGUUCAAAAUUGUAGGACUCGCCUCUUUCCUCCCAGCCAAUCUUGGUGCAGUGAUCUAUAAGACUAGUUUGCUUCAUCUGCAACCGAGGCAGAUGACUAUCUACCUUCCGGAAGUGCGAAAGAUUUCUCAUGACUUCAUGAGCCUGCCUGUGUUCAACCCCAAUGUGUUCAGUGAGGACGAGGAUGACCUACCAGUGAUGGGGCCGUCUGGAGUAUCCGGAGACAACCCAUCCUGUACCGUCAAUAUUCCCAUCGCUCCCAUCCACAGCCCAGCUCAAGCCAUGUCUCCAACUCAAAGUAUCGGACUUGUUCAAUCCCUCCUGGCCAAUCAGAACAUUCAACUUGACGUACUAACCAAUCCAACAGCCACAGCCGCAGCAGCGGCUGCGGCGGCGGCUGCCUCAGCCUCAGUCCCCGUCCCUGAUCAUGGCCAAGAUGCUGUUGCGUCACCAUACCCCGUUCCAACUAGAUACUCAAAUCAUAGUCAGGGGAUUUUCAGUGGGCUAGACAUGGGUCCUCUUCUCCCUGGUACUCUGCCUCCCCCACCACCUCCUCACCAUCUACCCCCACAGCCUCACUCGCAGCGGGCUCACUCACAGCAGCCUCGCCAGCAGCCAUCGAAACAGUCCCAUACUGUGCAAACGCAGCAGCAGCUGCAGCAGCAACAGCAGCAGAAGAUGCAUCAUCAUCAACUGCAACAACAGCAGCAACAACAGCACCAUCCGUCCCAGUCACAACAGCAGCAACACCACCAUCCGUCCCAGUCACAACAGCAGCAACACCACCAUCCGUCCCAGACACAACAGCAGCAGCAGCAGCAGCAACAACAACAACAACAACAGCCACAACAUCAACAGCUGCAGCAGAUGCAUCACCCACAGACUCUACACCAACAGGCCCAACAUCAUCAACACCAGGCUCAACAGCACCCGCCAAUGCAACCGGCCCAACAGCAGGUGGCAACUCAACAGUUUCAGCAACAGCAGCAAAUCCAACAGCAGCAGCACCAGAUGCAGCUGCAGCACGAGCAGAUGCAGCAGCAGCAGCAGCAGAUGCAGCAGCAGCAGCAGCAGAUCAGGCAGCAGAUCCAGGAGAUGCGGCAGCAGCAGCAGCAGCUGCAGCAGCAGCAUCAGCAGAUCCAGCAGCAGCAUCAACAGAUGCAGAGGCAGCACCAACAAAUGCAGCAGCAGCUCAAAAUGCAGAUGUCACUGCCGCCGCCUCCCACUAGCUAUCCAACCAUUUCCUUGCAGCAGAUUCAUCUCCUUCCUUCAAUCCCUCCUCCCACUGCUGUGCCUGAGCUGGACAGGGGGGACCACGCACACACGCUGAAGCCGACUCUUCCACGGACGUUACCUCCUUCCUUCAGCGACACAGACGGAGCUGUGGAGCUCCAGAUGAGGAAGAUAAACCCCCCACCUCCAUACCCAGGGACCGUGGUGUCUGCGGCAGCGGCUACAGCAGCCGCUGCUCCUCAAACGUUCAUUACAAACUGUGACAGCCCAAGUGUCCUGGCUCCCGAUCCCUGCCUCAAGAAAGACGAAUUUUUGCUUCACCCAGUCACCUUGCAGUACCCAACCCCUCUGGGGUACGAACGGAUCACCACCUUUGACAGCAGUGGCAAUGUAGAGGAGGUGUGUCGUCCACGGAGACGCCUCAUUCGCAAUCAGAAUGCAUACUCUGUUCAUGGCAUUGGAGGUUCGGCAACUCUUAAAGUGACUUCCACUGAAAAUAAAAAAAUUCAACUACCAUACAGCUCAGCCACUUUGAGUCGUCUGUCUGUCCCUCGGUAUUCUAUACCAAGCGGAGACCCUCCUCCGUACCCUGAUCCGGCCAAUCAGGUAACUGCUACUCUUCCUCCUCCUCAGAAAAUCGACAGCAGUCUGAUCCAUGCCACUCUACGUCGUGAGCGCAGAGAUUUGGGACUCAAAGUGCCACAGAUGAUGGACAGCUCGAGGACUUUGCCCACCAAGGCGAAAAUGAACAGCGCGUUGUCGCUUUCAUACCAGCAGAGGGUGCCCACUGCAUUGUAUACAUGCACACAGUGCAGCAGUAACAGCAGUAGCACCAGUGUCAGUGUAACUGGAGGGGGGACUACAAGUAGUGGCAUUGCAGGCGGCACGGUCGUAAGGCAAGACUUCCCGCCAGGCAAAGGGGCUCAUCACAGCACCAUCAUAGUGCACUCCAAAAGUGCCUCACCGCUGGCGUCUCAGUCGUCUUACAGUCUACUGGGAGCAGUMGAUAACAGCAGGGACAGAACAGUGUACGUAAACUCUGCGUUUACUGAAGACGAGACACUAAAUCAGCAGUGUCACCUUGAGAAAUCUGUUCGUCAGUUGAAUCUGGGUGAUGGCAGUAUGACAGUCAAACGCCCUCCGCCUUAUCAGUGGGACACCUCCACCGCAGAGGACUUCUGGCUUACUCCAGAGCAGACGAUGUUAGCCCCGCCACCAGGAAAUCCUAAACCACCCUCUCUCAUUAUCAGUCAGGCUCAACACUUGGACGUUACUCGGCUUCCUUUUGUCCUCACAACAAAGCCUCCAACCAGUCUGAACACGAGCACUCUUACCUUCCCAUCAGGAUAUCAGAUAUCCCUCUCACCUUUCCCCCCAGGUGUGGGUCACAGUGGACCUCCACUCCAGACCCUACAGAAUCCUCCGCCACAGUGUUCCCCAAAUGAGGUAGUCACCUCGGUGUCCUUUGCCCAACAGGAUCCUAGCUUGGUCUUACCACCAGGGUACCCUCCAAACUUGGCUAACUUGGCUUGCUGUCCUCUCCCUCCAUUGUAUCCUGGAGCUAGCUCAUGCGCUGGACUUCAGCUUCACCCUGUCAGUUUACAUCCUUGGAACCCUUACCCCUGUCCACCACCAAUGCAAGAUCCUCCCGCUCCUCCCCUGCCGACCAAAACUCAUCAGAUUUUAGAAAAGCCUCUACUCUCCCCACCUCCUCCCACCGCUCCACCUCCACCACCUCCGCUACCACCUCCUCCCCCGCCCACUGAGUUGAUCCCAUCCAAAAGUGCCACAGAAGACCAAGCAGAGUCUGCCAACAAUUUUCCCGAGCCGUCAUCCCUUAACGAAAGCCCCGUUCCCCAGGAGCCGGAACGCUAUAGCAAGAAGAGCCGCAAAAGGCUUGACAGCAGGGCAGAGGAGGGCAACAUGCCCACAGUCUCUGAGAGCAGAUCGAGAAAGGAAGGGCGGGCGCUCUCGGACUUCAACACCCUCAUAUCCAGCCCAAGGCUCGGCAGUAGAGAGAAGAAGAAGCCCAAGGGGCAGAGAGAGCAACUCAAUAAGACUAAGAAAAUGAGCAGGACGACGAACGAGUUCCAGGACAGCUCCGAAAGCGAACCAGAGCUGUUCAUUAGUGGAGACGAGCUCAUGAACCAGAACCAGAGUAGCAAAAAGAGCUGGAAGAACAAGAGGAGCCUGCGUAUGGCAAGCGAGCUGGAAGAGAUCAAGUGCCGCAAAGCCAACGAAAGAGAGGACCGCAGUUUAGGUAGCCAAGGGUUCGUCUAUGUCAUGGCCAAUAAGCAGCCGCUCUGGAACGAGGCUACGCAGGUCUAUCAGCUUGACUUUGGCGGUCGGGUCACUCAGGAGUCAGCAAAGAAUUUUCAGAUAGAGCUGGAUGGCAGGCAGGUGAUGCAGUUUGGGCGAAUAGACGGGAACGCUUACAUCCUGGAUUUCCAGUACCCUUUCUCCGCCGUGCAGGCAUUUGCCGUCGCCUUGGCCAAUGUGACUCAAAGACUGAAAUGAAGAGUCGUUUUGCCGAUGUUGCUGUUCUGUACUGGUAUUAGACUCUGAUGCUCGGGACUGAGACACAUUUAUUAAAUUUUUUCCCAGAUUUUUUUAUUUUUUAUUUGACUGUUCGCAUACCUGUGAUUCACAGUUAGUAUUGAAAGCAAAGUCAGCUUGUCAAGUACUGAUGGAAGCAAUUUAUCCAGAACUUUGACUUAAUGCUGUAAUUCAGAAAUAUAACUUAGAAUAAAUAUUAUAAAUAAAUAUAAUAAGUCUUUACAUAAUUUAUAGUCAUUCCGCAUUAAACAAAUGCAAUUUCUGAGGGUAGAAUGGAGUUUGAAAUUCAGAAUACAUUGCCUCUAAGCCAUACCAUAGGAUAUCUAACACAAAUGUUGCACUUUUUGAAAUUUGUUUAAAAGGAAUCCGGUAAAGAAGGCUGGUUUUAUUAUUAGCUGUUUUUAGGAUUUCGCUAACUUUGCUGAUUCAAAUCUCAUUCCAGGCCAGGAUUAAUGCGAGAUUUGUUUAAUUUGUUUUGCUACAUGCUUUCAAUGAGUGAGUCAUUGCAUCUGAAAGACCUGAGCAAAGUUUGGCAUCGUAUUUAUGUUACUUCUAUGAAGUGAUGCAAUGGGCGUUAAAAUCCAUCUUUUGGCAAAAAUAAUACAAUUCGAUUCAGUGAGGCAGUAAUAUUUCAUUGAGGCUUGCAUUUUACAUUUGUACAUUCAAUCAUAUUUCGUGUAAUUCUGUAGCCCAAACACUGUUUUUGCUUACAGAAAUCCUCCAGUUGCUGGUUGAUUGAGUCUUUGAGUGCCAUAUGUAAGCUAAAGUGAAAUCUUGCUCUCUUUUUUUGCUGGGUGUUUAUGAUGCUACUUGAAUCCUGCAUUUGAAUGUGAAGUGCUUUAGUUUCACUAUUUGGAAAUCAGUGCUGCUUUGAAUAGAUAGAGCUUUUGUGCAAUAACCCUGCCUACACAGAACUGAUGUUGUAAUUGCAAAGGAAAAUAUAAAGCCGCUUGCUACACUGUGGAUUUAGCAAGUGACCUACGCUUAGAUAAGAAGUGCUUAUACGUUGCUAACAUUUUUUGCUUUCAUUUCUUUUGUUUUUACUUACCAAAUAUUUUGUGAUGUUACAUCUGUAGACAAAAAAAAAGAAAAUAAUUUUGCAAAAGUGUAUUUAUAAGUUGUUGCAGUGAGCUGUAGGAGUGAGAUUUGUGUAAAUUUGGUGCUAAUGUAUAAAAAAA